UCAAUGUCACUUUCACAUAUGGCAUUUCUAAAAAUGAGGAUGACAGUCGACAGAUAAAACAGGUUUUCGUCUUUUUUCACGACAUCCAUAGUUUUUUCUAGGCGAUAUGGCUGGAGCUCUGGCAAGAAUAACAAAUAUUACAAAAAACCAAGCUGGAUCAUUAAUACCAGCAAUUAGCAAUGGCCAAAUGGUUUGGUAUUCAGCGGCACCUCCAGGUACACCGCCCCCACAAACUAAAACUAAAUUUGGUCCCUUAGCUGAUGAAGACAGGAUUUUCACAAACUUGUAUGGGAGACAUGAUUGGAGACUUAAAGGAUCCAUGAAACGAGGUGACUGGUAUAAAACAAAAGAAAUUUUACUCAAGGGGUCAGAUUGGAUCAUAAACGAGGUGAAAGUUUCUGGUUUGAGAGGAAGAGGGGGAGCAGGUUUUCCUUCGGGAAUGAAAUGGUCCUUCAUGAACAAACCAAGUGAUGGCAGGCCUAAAUAUUUAGUGGUUAAUGCUGAUGAAGGAGAACCAGGUACAUGCAAAGACAGAGAAAUCAUGAGGCAUGAUCCACAUAAAUUAGUUGAAGGAUGUCUCAUUGCUGGCAGAGCUAUGGGAGCCAAAGCAGCAUAUAUUUACAUCAGAGGCGAGUUUUAUAAUGAAGCAUCUAACAUGCAGGUUGCUAUUGCAGAGGCAUAUCAGGCAGGUUUCUUAGGCAAGAACGCCUGUGGUUCUGGAUAUGACUUUGAUGUUUUUAUGCACAGAGGUGCAGGAGCCUAUAUUUGUGGCGAAGAAACCGCUCUUAUAGAGUCCCUCGAAGGAAAACAGGGAAAGCCAAGGUUGAAACCCCCAUUCCCUGCUGAUGUUGGUGUGUUUGGAUGCCCUACAACAGUUACAAAUGUGGAAACUGUUGCUGUAUCACCUACAAUUUGUCGAAGAGGUGGUGCAUGGUUUGCCUCUUUCGGAAGGACCCGUAACUCUGGAACAAAGCUCUUUAAUAUUUCUGGUCAUGUUAAUAGGCCAUGUACUGUUGAAGAGGAAAUGAGCAUUCCAUUAAAGGAACUUAUUGAACUUCAUGCAGGAGGUGUUACAGGUGGAUGGGAUAACCUUUUAGCAAUCAUACCUGGAGGUUCUUCCACUCCGCUAAUUCCAAAAAAAGUGUGUGAAGACGUUUUGAUGGAUUUCGAUGGUUUGGUUGCUGCUCAAACAAGUUUGGGUACUGCAGCAAUAAUUGUUAUGAAUAAACAAACAGAUGUAGUUAAAGCAAUUGCUAGGUUAAUCAUGUUCUAUAAACAUGAGUCUUGUGGACAGUGCACACCUUGCAGAGAGGGUGUCAACUGGAUGAAUAAAAUGAUGUAUAGGUUUGUUGAUGGUAAUGCAAAACCAGGAGAGAUUGAUAUGUUGUGGGAGAUAAGUAAACAAAUUGAGGGACAUUCUAUUUGUGCCUUGGGUGAUGGUGCUGCUUGGCCUGUACAAGGGCUUAUAAGGCAUUUCAGGCCAGAACUCGAGGCUAGGAUGGCGAAAUUUGAAAAAGAAAGAGCUAUUUCUGCUUGAAUAGUCAGGUUUUAAAUUGAAUCUUUAAAUCUUUAUAUUGAAUUUUUUCCAUUUUGUUGAAUUGUAAAUAGACAUACAUAUAUUAUAUAACAUAAUAUAUUCUGAUGUGUAGAAACAGUUUUAAGGGUAAUUGGAGUAUAACUUUAUGGAGAAAUACAUCUUGUGAAGAAUGUGUUGUGACUUAUUCUAAAUUGGAGUAUUAUAGUGUUCAUCUAAAA